UUAUUUUCAAUCGAAAAUAGUGACAUUUUUUAGAGAACAGAGGAUGGCUACUGAGCGUGAAGGCAAAAGAUGGAAGGUUGUAAAAGCAUGUAGACUUUGGGAUGUUUUCAUCUCGAGCAAGAGGGACAAGAGAGGCAGUAGAGAAGACAAGGAUGGAAGCAAAUUAGUGGAAGAAGUAAGAAGGAAAAGUAACAAGAGGACGACCAUUGCUGAAGAUAAGAGAAAGGUGGAAAAAGGGGGUAAGGAAGUUCCAAGAAUGACAUAUGCACAAUGCUUUCUUCAACAGAAAGGGAAGACAAACUCCAGCGAAAUAGGGAAGAAAGGUCCUCCAUUGACAAGGGCAAAAGAAAAUCCAAGGAGCUUUAGUGUAAGAAUGUUUAAGAUUUCCAAUCCUGGUGGCUUUGUGUACAAAAAGGUGAUCAAAUUAAAAGAGACAAACAAUGCCGAAGACAAAUUGAUGAAGUGUGCAGUGGGGGUGGUUUUAUCUCCGUCUAUCAUCCCAAAUCUUUUAGAGAUAUUCUUUAAUGAAGGAUUUUCUUCAAUCAAGAUUGCCCUUAUGGGAGGUAACCUUUUGGUGAUUAAUGAUGAGGACCCGGAGUGUAUAAAGGAGCUGGUAGAUGGGAAUCUACGGUGGGGGGCAGCUUAUUUUGACAGAAUUAAGUAUUUGUCUCCAUUAGAUAUUGCAGAAGAAAGAUUUGUGUGGGUGAGGAUCCAAGGGUUACCAUUACAUGCUUGGUCUGAAGAAAGCUUAACAAUGAUUGUGGAGGAAAAUUGGAGGACUGAUCCCUGGUGGUUGAAGAAAACUGUAAACUCAAUUAUUGAAUCAGAUAUGAGUUCAAUGGCAUUUAACUUCGGUGAUGAAUCUGAUGAGCUUGACGGAUACAGCUUAAACAGUCUACAAGAAGAAGAAAUUCAAACACCUUUCAAAGGUGUCAAAGGCAUUAAUUAUUCUAACAAAUUUUGCGUUUCAAAGACACUGGUUGAAGUGGGCAAGGUAAACAACAACACUCUGUCAAAUCAAGAGAGUGGGAAACAGAGAGAGGACCGGGAAAGUGAGCAAGCAAAUGGGAAGCAUACUGGUUUCAUUACAGCUCCAUCUUUUGAUGUGCAGCCUAACAAGAGCCCUUCUUUACCAGCAGAAGUCAGGAUAGAUUUAACAAAACUGGCAACUGGUACAAAACAUGGAAAAAGAAGAAAAGCAACGAUUCAAAUAGUUAACUUCGGUGGUGAAUCACCGGUUGGUUCUUUAUUGGACAAUGAUAUUAUAUACAACAACAGGAGAAUCAAAGAAGGCAUGAUUAUAGAGGAAGUGAAGAAGGUGCUGGAUUUUGGGGGCAAGCUAGGGAUUGAGAUCAAAAACUAAGAAGAGCAGAUUUUGGAAAGACUCAGGCGAAUGGAAGAAAGGGACAUGCAGGGGCAUGUUUGUGAGCCAUUAAGGUAGGAUUUUCUGUCAUUUCUCAGAAAUUACUAUAAAUGAAGUUGCUAUCU